CACAUUCUAUCUCGUCUCCCUCAACAUACGAUGUGUUGCGUGCCGGCACGGCGUAGCACUUCUAAUCUAAGGACACCUUUCUAGCAUAGGUACUUACUUUCUCCCCCCAACCCACACCAAUAGAGAAACAUCGCCAAUGGUGUAAAUAAGAAGAGAGAGGGUAAGAAAGGGAAGGACGAAAAGGAACGAGGGAAUUAAGACGAGAACAGGGGAUAGCCUGCAGGGCAGCGGGCCUCUCAAACUGCCGGCACUAUGAAAGCUCUCACGCCCCGUGUCCGAUCACUCUCGACCAAACAUGGCCUGCUCCAACCAACCCGCUACUUACCGCCCCCCGCAGCUGCGGUCACGGCUGCGGUGGCUGCAUCCGGGGUAGCACCCCCCAGCCCUUCCCGCCGCUCCGGCGCGCGGCCGUUCUCGGUCCUCAACCGGCCGCCGCCCAACUACCCGGGGCACGUGCCGCUGACGGGCCUCGAGCGGGUGGCGCUGGCGGUGGGGGCGGGGGUGCUGUCGCUGGCGAACCCGUACCGGGACGACCUGAUCGCGGCGGUGGGCGAGGCGACGGCGUCGCCGUACUUCGCGGACCGGCUGCGGCGGGCGAUGCUGGGGUCGGCGACGGGGCGGCGGAUCCUGCGGGAGCGGCCGCGGCUGACGUCGGCGUCGCUGGACCUGCCGCGGCUGCGGGCGCUGCCGGCGCGCACCGUCGGCGCGACGUACGUGGCCUGGCUCGACCGCGAGGGCGUGUCGCCGGACACGCGCGCCGCCGUGCGCUACGUCGACGACGAGGAGUGCGCCUACGUCGUCCAGCGCUACCGCGAGUCCCACGACUUCUACCACGCGCUCACCGGCCUGCCCACCGUGCGCGAGGGCGAGGUCGCCCUCAAGGCCUUCGAGUUCGCCAACACCCUCCUCCCCAUGCCCGGCCUCUCCCUCCUCGCCGUCGCCACCCUCAAGCCCGCCGAGCGCCGCCGCUUCUGGUCCGUCUACGGCCCCUGGGCCCUCCGCAACGGGCUCCGCGCCGCCGAGGUCAUCAACGUCUACUGGGAGGAGGAGAUGGAGACCGACGUCGGCGAGCUCCGCCGCCGCCUCGGCAUCGAGACCCCGCCCGACCUGCGCGAGAUCCGGAAGCGUGAGCGCGCCGAGAGGAAGAGGCGCGCGGAGGGGGCUGCGCCCGCUGCCGCUGUUGGUCCUACUGCGAUUUCUACGGCUGCCGAGCAGAACAUGCCGAGCUAAGCGGCGAGAUAGGCACGGAAAGGAAAUGGAUAUAUGUUUAAGGGGGCACGGGGUGGGCGUGUCGUCGGCAAUUUGUAUGUUAUCGCCGGACCAAUGUUGCGGCCGCGAACAGAGCAUUGAUGCCACUGGAAACCCCGCCCUUGAAAACGCCAUUUCGUGUGGUCUUAUAGGGGGCCAUGCGAUGCUACGGCGUACUACUUGUUGGGAGAUAGCCAUGUGGCACCGGCAUUACCUCUGAUCUCCCUUUCUUCUCACCAUUUUUGGCGGACUCCUGGUUCCUCCCUCCUCCCUCCUCCUUUUCGCCCUUAUGUAAGCUUGUAUAUGUAGCCCACCCUUACCCCCUAUCCGCCGUGGCCCUCCACGACCUUGGCGAUUAGCCUUCUUUUCCCCCCUCGCGCCACGUCACAAGUUAUCCAGGUCGUCGUCGUCGUCCCACCCCUUGCGGCGGCUGACGACGAUCUUC